AUGAAGUUACACUCGACUAUCGCCUACCUUCUCGUAGGCGUGACAACCUGUACUGCAUUUCCAGCCGAGGACUCCGCGCGGGCAAUAGCGGGUUUUGUAACACCUAAGAUAACAUGGACAGGUCAAGUCAAGCCUGGGGAGGAUUCUGUGUCAAUCACAGGCACCGCACAAGAAAUUUAUAAGCGAAUCAUCGAAAUAAAUCCGAACUAUGACAAUGAAUUAGGCCUGAAUAGCAACCAGUCAACUAUAGCGACGAGGGGCCUAGAACCUAUCAAGAAACGAGCGACAACUUCUGACGAUUGGACUUGUGCAUAUGGCAACGACGUGAAUGCCGAGUCGAUUGGCGAAGGGGUCAGAUAUCUGUACAGAAUUGUCAAUGCUGACUGUUCAGCUCCCCCAGGGAGCCCUGGCGCCGGCGGCUGCAGCGUUAGCAGCUGUAAUUCGGGCGCUGGCAUCUUCUUGUGCAACGACUCUAGCAAUACAGCACACAUCCCCUGUACCAUAAUCGCAGAUAACGCCGUCGAAGUCCUAAUUAACUGCCAACGAACUACCUAUAAUGGUGGCAAUACCUGGACCACCGUCACACAUGGACAGAUAUUUUCCAACGAUCAUUCUUGGAAUGUCAUACUCAACAAGUGCUAGCACAACACAUUAUGUUCUCCAGACGCAGAAAACAA